AGGUGCAGGAGCAGUAUCGGCUCCAGGACUUACAGCUAAUGCAUCGGUUCAAGCAGCUGCAGCUGACGCAGCACGAGCAGUUUGAGCAGCUGCGGCAGUUCAAGAACUGGCAGGAACUGUGGCGGCAGGUGCAGCAACUGCGGCGGCAGGCGCAGGAGGUGCAGUCGGAGCUCCAGGCUUCCCAGCGGCUCGUCCGGCAGCGUGUGGAGCAGCUGCAGGAGGUGCUCGACACCCAAGGGGACAUCUUGCUCGCUCAGCUUGAAGCCUCCAUCCCGGACUUGGCGAGCCGCACGGAGGAGCUGGCGAGGGAGGCGGAGCCGCUCCGGCUGGUCGUGACCAUGGCCUGGAAGGUUCUCGCCGGCGGGCCCAUGAACUGGGAAGGCGUCCUGUCCAUGGUGGUGUUUUGCGCGCUGCUCGUGAAGAGCUUGAGGGCCUCCGGUCGUCUGGGCGACUUGGAGAAGUCGUGGCCCUUGACAGACGCGGUGGCCGCUGUGCUGUUGAUCACACGCAAGCCGUGGCUCAUGGAGCAGGGAGGCUGGGAGGGCUUCCUGGGAGCGUUCGGGCCGGGGACGCCCACCUAUGAGAGGAGCCGCAGACGCCGAGCUCCGACGGGCAGCGACAGCUCCCCGAGAGCUCCUCUACGCCACGUGACCGCCCGGCAGCCCCCCUCCAACGUCGUCCGGCCGCGUGCUGGCGGGUCAACCGGCGUGUCGUGCCCCAACGCGAGCCCGGCUGGCCCGCGCCGCACGCCGCUCGCGGUGCCUCCGCGCUGA